AUGUCGCUGUCCAGGAUAUGGUGGCUUACUGGACAUGGAGUACUCUUUCGAACGCGCGUCAUUGGGAGCAAACGGCAGAUAUGCAAACUCUCUGAAUUCACCACAACGUCCAAUGGAUUGUAUCACCAAAUGUGGAAGGUAUUGAUAUACAAUGUGGGUGCAUCAAAUUGGAAAAGGAUAGGGGAGAAAAGAGCAUGGUGGAGGGAUUCAGAGACAUUACUUGCACUCGCACAACUCGAUGUUUCGGGAAUUGAGGAAGUUAGAGUUUGCGGAGGGUCCUGCGAUGCUGAGGGAUCAGGUAUACAUGAAAGCCUGGAUCCCCUAUAUAUGAUGUUCAGGAAGAUGCAACAGCUGCGCAGGGUAGACUGCACGAAUUCAAACUUCCAAACAAAUUCGAACUUCCAACUGGUCAGUGCUUCACAGUUUAUAGCGCCGGUGGCAGAGGUAGAGGAUAGGGAGGUAUGGUUUCGAGGCUGGAGGAUUUCACAAUUUCAAAAGCCAGACCCGACAUUCCACCCACUUGCCCAGAUGUCUGUGAGGCCUAGGAAAUUAGAAUGCACAGGCAUGCUAUUCCAGGAAUUGGAAGAGACCUUCGCCAUUGAUUGUGACGAUACAAAGGAGGUUGUGCUCACAGUAAGGGGGCUUGCUGAUCUGGAGGCAAUUGAGGAGGGAAUUGUCUACUUCCAGGAGCUACGGAAAAUUGAAAUUCGGAUGUUGAGAUUCCAGAUUUAUCCGAUGAUGGACCCGCUCCCUGAACUCAGAGAAUUGACGGUCACUGUGUUUAUCAAGCCGUGGGCAGAAUUUACUGGCGCAGACUACUUGAUUGCCCUACUUGCAUACCCAACAGAAUGGGAAAACCUGACAAUCCUUCAUUUGAAGAUGACGCCAAUGGAGAAUGGCACCGUCACGACAGAACUUCAGAACAGCGCACAAUGGGAACAACUGAGCGAGAUGUUGAUGGAUGAGGAACGAUUUCCUUCUCUGUUCACUGUGGAGAUUGAUGUUUUGAAUAUCGUUCGAGAUGUGCAUCCUUGGAGCGACAGGGAGAGGAAAGAUGAUGAGGAAGUCUUGGGAUUAACAGAAGUUUUGAAAAGAGAGAGGGCAACAAGGAAAGCAAUCACAGAAGGGUUGGGGGCAUUGAAGAUGGGGAGGGACCUGAACAUUUCUGUAAGCUUUGAGCGAGAGUAUGGAACGAUAAAUUAUAACUAG